AAAAAGUCAAUCUCUUACUUUGGAUCAUCCUAAAGAACGUUAACCCACCCACAUUUGAAAUGCAACCAAUAAGUUAGUAAUAUAACGUUGUUAUUAAAAAAAAGAAGGGGCGUUGAAUGAGUGUUAUGAAUGAUACGAAUAUUAGUAUUUUGAAAAAAUGGAUAAUAAGAAACAUAAAGAUAUUUUGCUGAAGAUUGCAGAUAAUCUGUUGGGUAAAGAUGUUGAAGCAAUUAAAUUUUAUUAUUCACAUCAAAUUGGCCAUGGUCAUCUUGAAAGAAUUAAAACUCCUAUUGAAUUAAUUCAAACUUUAGAACAUCGUAUGCUUCUAGGGAUUGAUAACUAUGAUGAUUUUGUUGAGGUACUUAAUAAAAUUGGAAGGAAUGACUUGGCAAAUCAUUUUUCUAAAACUUUGAGUUCACCAGAAAGUUCUUCUAGAACUUCUUCUAAGAAAGAAACUUUGAUUUCACCAGAAAGUUCUUCCAGAACUUCUUCUAAGAAAGAUACAUCAGAGGUGUGUACAGCACUGAAAAAAUAUUAUCGUGAAAAUUAUAGAAAAAUAAAUGAAAUUCAACCACCAUUAAAAGUACCUGCAAGUGUUGAUCUAAUGAAUAACUUUGUUGAUCUAUGUAUCGUUGAUGCAGUUAAUACUCAAAUGGAUGUUGUUUUUAAUUUUGAGCGAAAAAAAUUUCUUGAAAAGCAAAUGAACUAUACACCUAUUUCAUAUAGUGAAAUUUUUAUGAAAGAAAAAUCUGUAAUAUUAAUAUCUGGAAUAGCUGGUAUAGGAAAAACAUGGUUGCUUCGAAAAUGUUUGCUUGAUUGGUCAAACAAUUUAAUUUGGAAAAAUGUUGAACUUGUGUUUUAUUUGGAAUGCAGAAGGCUUAAUCAAUAUCAAAAUAUUUCUAAUAUUAAUGAAUUACUAAAUGUUUUCUACAAAGAUAUUAUAAAUGAUUUUGAUAUUAGUACUCAUUCUACGCUAUUUAUAAUUGAUGGAUUAGAUGAGUUUAAAUAUUUACAUGAGUUAAUAAAUUGCAGUUCAAGUUUUAACUAUCCAAUUGUUAAUGUUUUAACAGAAAUUCAAAAAUAUAAAUAUGUAGUUGCUGGUAGAGUUCAUGCAAUUGAUCAGUAUCAAAGUAUAUCUACAGAGGGUUGUGAUAAGAUAAACAUUCAAAUUAUGGGAUUUAAUGAAGAUGGAAUAAAUAAUUAUAUAGAAAAUAAUGUUUUAGAGGAAAAAAAAGAUGUUGUGAAAGCAAAUUUGAAGGAAUCUGCAAUUGCAAAAUCAAUGUCAUCUGUUCCGUUUUAUUUAUCUUUCAUGUGUAAGAUUAUUAGUAUUUCAAAAAAUUUAUACAAAAAUACUUUUUUAACAAUGACAGACUUGUAUGCAAAUCUUUUUUUACACUUUUUGCAAAAACACAUUAUCAAAAACAAUGAAUCGAUUUCUCAAUUCAUGGAAAACAAUUUCAAUAAAAAAUAUAUUUUAAACAUUUGUAAAAUUGCGUAUCAAUUGUUUGUUGAAAAUAAAGUAAUUUUUUCCAAAGAAGACAUUCAAACUUUCAUCAUUGACUUUGAUAAAAAUGAAGAAACUUUUUUUGGAUUUAUUGAAAGGAUUGAAACAAGUCUAGGUGAAUAUAUUUAUCAAUUUGUACAUUUGACAAUAAUGGAGUUUUGUGCAUCUAUAUAUGCAUAUAAUUGUUUAAGUAGUGAAGAGAUUGUGACUAAUGAAAAGCUGAAGAGUUGUUUAUCAAUGAUUUGUGGUUUAACCAAUAAAAAUCAAAAUAGUUCCUUAAAGUUUCUUGUUAACCUGAAUCCUUUAAAAAAAUCUUGUGAAGAUUCUUUAUUUUUGUUUUCUAUUUUUGGUAAGUCUAUAAUACUUUAUUGCAUUAUUGUAAAUUAUUUUAUAUAAAAUCUAUUUAUCAA